GAUUUCUAUAUUUCUACUUAGGUGUACCUACUGACAGCCCUAGAAUCUGGAUGUAUCUAUUGUGCAGAGCUGACGUGCACUAAAAUAAUAAAGCAGGCGCGGCCUUGAUCUAAGCGGAUCCCUGGCGGACCUUCGAUUUCAGGGACCCUUGGAAAUUACCAUUUCGGGCACCUUUAACUUUAAUCCUUCCACUCCUUGCAGUCCUUUGUAACGGCUUGUCCUGUUUGUCCCACAUGGAAUAUUAACCUUCCUGAAUCUCUUACUUUCACGACCCCGUGAAUCAAACUUCCAACAAUACACGUGAACAUUCAUGCGGAUCAUGUAACAUAAGCUCAUCUUGCUACCAUCAGUAAACAAUACAGAUCUCCCUUUUUCCACAAUACUUUGUUCAAGCUACCUCAUUGUCAAUUUUUAACACCCAAUUCAUUCAUACAUCUACCAACCACCCAGGCCAGCUGUCGGUCUUUGUCCUGCAUCCAUCCACUAUAAAACUUCGGAGCAGAAGAACUUAAAUUUAUUGGUAGCAUGCAGAACGAAUAGACGUACUGGCUAUUAUCACCAACACAAGAGAAGAUGUUGGUUUCUCGAGAUACUAUCAAAAAUGGCGGAAGUAAGGAACGGGAACUACCUAAACGGGAUGACCUAAAAGAUUACAAUUACGCAGUCGCUGGACAUGCUGGAACCAUGUGCGACGCUGAUGGAGAGCUUUUUAUCAAGCCGUGUACGCAGUCCGAAGUCGAAUUCUACGAAUCAGCGCACGCACUGCAUCCCGAUUUUGCAGAACUUAUGCCUAUGUACAUAGGCACUUUAUCCCUCAGCAAUUCCACCGAUCAGGCGUCGAUACACGCGCAAAUACCGAACCUCGUUGAACAUGCAGAUAUCCCCUUUUCCAUGAAAGAGGAAAUCCAAUCGCAUUUACACCUUGCGGAUCGCACACCAGUAGCCGAAACGCCCGUUCAAAAACAAAUUAAACCCGAUAAUGAUAAAUGGAUUCCUAACAAAGCGCGAAAGAUUGCGACGGACCAGGCGGUGGUGCUAGAAAACGCCUCUUUCGGCUUCAAGAAGCCUAAUAUUAUGGACGCGAAGUUAGGAGUUCGGCUAUGGGCUGACGACGCGCCAUUAGAGAAGAAGGCACGGUUCGAUAAAAUCACCAAAGAAACAACUCAUAAGAAAUUUGGGUUUCGCGUGGCAGGAAUGCGAGUAUACAACGGAUCCACAGACGAGUCUGAGUUGGAUAAUGAAGGAUUCAAGAUUUUCGACAAGGACUGGGGAAGAUAUACGGUGAACGAGGCCAACAUAGUCGACUCAUUUAAAAAGUUCAUUUUUAAUGAGGCUGCUGGCAUCGAUGAGGAGCUUGGCAAGACUGUGGCCGGACUAUUUGCGGAAGAUCUUCGAAGAGUACAAGAGGUUCUCGAAAACGAGGAAAGUCGGAUGUACUCUUCUAGCUUGCUCUUCGUUUUCGAGGGUGACGGCGAAGCACUGAGAGCAGCCAUCGAAGAAUGGAAGGCUGAUUCUACUAUAUCAGCAGAAAGUAAAAGAGGUGCCACUCGAGGCCCUGUCUCUAACCUUAGAGUGGAUAGUGGCAUUGGCAUGAACGAAGAAGACCUCGUUGAGCCCACGGCGCUGGAAGACUUUGACGGACUAGAGGAUGACUCGGACGAGGAGUCAAGUCUCCCAAAGAUAUAUUCCUUGAGAUUUAUCGACUUCGCACAUGCGACAUGGGAGCCGGGCCAGGGACCGGACGAAAAUGUGCUCCUUGGCGUUAAGAGUCUCACAAAGAUCUUCAAAGAUAUAUCGGAAUCAUAGACUCGGGUAAGAUGGGAUCAAAAUCCGGAAUAGAGCCGUGUGGGCGGUCCGGAAAAUACACAGCAUAUGCAUAGCCCAUUCGAUGGCACGGGUCAUUGGAUGGACAGAAGAAGAGUAAACCGGCGUCCGGUGGAAGAUGUCUCUCAAAAGAUACCCUUACUAUUACUCCAGCCUUUGACAUCCAUCAUAGAGGACCACUCCUCGUAGGAUUCUUAUUUACGAUAAUGAAAUUUAUAUCCAUAUCUAAA